ACACUAGACUUAACUCACAUGCACUUGUUAUAAAAGCCAAAAGCAUUCCCUAGUAGCCACACAUUGAGAGAGAUGCACCAACCCAUUAGUCAACAAGGUCUCUUGGAAGAUCUCUUGGCUCCAACCAUGGAGACAUGGUCCACCUUUUCUACUUCUCAAGAACUCACCACCAUUGAUCAAGCUCACUCAUUCCCCAUUCAACAAGAUGACUUCCUACCAUUACCUUCUUCAUCAUCAUUCUCAAACUCAUCUUCAUUUUCACAACUCAUGUCAUCAUCCAUGCAACCCGAUUUCCAAUCCCCUUACAACGACGAAUCGAUCUACUCUUCGGUACCAUGUUUCGACACCUUCAUACCGAUUAACGAGUGGGUGUCUUCCUCAUAUGACCAACAAAUGUUUCCAUCAAUGGUGGAACAAGAAGAAGACAAUGAUGGUGAUGAAGAUCACAAGAAUCAUGUUGUUUCCAAUGAUGAUAAACUCCCAACUGUUUUCUCCAUGGGAUUGAAUGAUGAAAAGAAGAGUAAGUCCAAGAAAGUUGAAGGACAACCUUCCAAGAAUUUGAUGGCGGAAAGACGAAGGCGAAAACGGUUAAAUGACAGGCUUUCCAUGCUUAGAUCAAUUGUUCCUAAGAUAAGCAAGAUGGAUAGAACAUCAAUACUUGGGGACACUAUAGAAUACAUGAAAGAACUCUUGGAAAAGAUACAAGAUUUAAAACUGAAAGAACAAGAUACUGAAUCUGAUAUGGAUCAUAUGAAACUGUUAAGAGGUGUUAGAGAAUUCAACAUGAAUGAAUCACAAGCAAGAAAUCCCCCAAAGUUUGAUGUAGAGAGGGGAAACACGGAUACCCGGAUCCAGAUUUGUUGUUCAACUAAACCAGGAUUGUUGUUAUCAACACUGAACACACUUGAAGCACUUGGUCUAGACAUGCAACAAUGUGUCAUCAGUUGUUUCAAUGAUUUUGCCUUUCAAGCUUCAUGUUCAGAAGCACAAGAGCAUCGGUCGAUAAUCGGGUGUGAAGAAAUGAAGCAAAUCCUCUUCAGAAAUGCAGGUUAUGGAGGUAGAUGUUUGUAAAGAAACAAGAAUGCAAGAUGAAGAAGAUCAUGGAUUGUUAAUUCAUUUGCAGAUUUCCAGAUUUUGGACUGUUUUGUGAUAAAGCUGUUAUGCUUUUUAGUUUUAGUUUAUUAAUGAAUCAUUGUUGGAUCCAUUGUCCAAAGACAUCAACAUCAACAACUUUAGAUAUCUAAUAAUACAAGAAGGACAAGUAUUCCCUCA